AGCUAGUCUCAACACUCAGCAAGUGUUUCAUUCUUACACACACUGAAGAAAAUCAUCUGUAGAAAUGUUUCUAUAGCAUCCAUCCAUUUUCCAUACCGCUUAUCCUACACAGAGUCACAGGGAGCCUGGAGCGUAUCGCAGGGAACUCGGGGAACGAGGCAAAGGGACACCCUGGACGGGGUGCCGACCCAUCCCAAGGCACAAUAAUACACAUUCACACACCCAUUCACACACUAUGGACAAUUUGGAAAUGGCAAUCAGCCUACAACGCAUGUCUUUGGACUGGUGGAGGAAACCGGAGUACCUGGAGGGAACCCCUGAAGCACAGGGAGAACAUGCACACAGGGUGGAGGUGGGAUUUGAGCCCCUAACCCCGGAGGCAAACACGUCCCCCCCCACCCCAGUUUCUCUAGCAGGUGAUAUUCAUUUGUUCAUAGUUAAAGUUUAAGACAAGUGAUGAAGUUUAAUCUGUAUAAGGCACAGCAGUAUUGUUUUAGACACCUCAGACAGCAAACUGAGCUCAAGAUUGAGACACAGCUAUGAAUGCAGCUAUGUAAUAGAAUUAAGAUUCUCAAUACACAAAGAAUGAACGAUUUAAAAAAAAAAACAAAACAAACAAACACUUGUGCUCUUUUUGAUAUGGCAUAUGGAGAGCAGAAGUGUGUGUGUGUGUGUGUGUGUGUGUGUGUGUGGUACUGGACUGCACACACACUGGCAUUAUUGGAGGAUGGACUGAAUGUUCCGACUCGACUACAACACACACACACACACACACACACUUAGAGGGGGAUGGGAGAAGAAGCUUGGCUUUUUAGGAACCGCGGGUCAAAUUUGGAGAAAUGUGCAGAAAUGUUUGCGCGGAUGAAGAAGCUACACAUGAGUCCAAUCUAACAUGAUCUUUUCAUGGAAUAAGAUUUAGUCUGUGUUGAAACUUCUUUCUUUUUUUUUUUCCUCAUCUUCUUUUUUUUUUUUUUUGCUGGCAAAAAUCUGGGGGGCUGAACCAGCAGCCUGGGGAUCGAGUUACACUCUCCGAGGCCAGUUUAUUCCCACCUCCAUCUGAAAAGUGGGGGAUGGUGAUGAAGCCAUUCUGUACUUUCUUUUCUUUCUUUUUUUUAAGCGUCUUGAGGAUUAUAGUUUUUUUUUUUUAAUUAUUGUUAUUUCAAGUCAAACAAUCCGAGGUUCAUACAAUUCUUUAUUUGGUUUUACGCACUGAAAUGAAGGCCAUGCGUAACUUCUGCGUCGGAGUGGAAAGUUUUAACUGAGGAAUAGAAUAAAGAAGGAGAGAAGAAGAAACUCUCUCUCUCUCUCUCUCUCUCUCUCUCUCUCUCUCACACACACACACACACACACACAAAUCCGCUAUUAUGUGACCGAUUCUUCAAUUAUGACUUCGGAUUGGUUCUGGGAAACACUUUCUAUCGCAGGACGCAUGGACUGGCACGGAUACAAAUGAACCCAAAAGUCCAGAUUGUUGUAGUAUUGUUGUUGUCGCUGUGUAAAAUGUCCUCCAGCUCCAUUGUUGGUCGAUUUGGGAUGCUUUGGGUUUGGGUCAGCACUGUGAUGGUGAGCCAGGCCGUGAUGUUACACAAAAACGAGAGCAUGUUCAACGACUUUUGCAAGAAAACGACGACGUGUGAAGUGUUGAAGUACAAUACGUGUCUCGGUUCGCCUCUGCCGUACACGCACACGUCUCUGGUGCUGGCUGAAGACUCCGAGACACAAGAAGAAGCUUUUGAGAAGUUGGCCAUGUGGUCUGGUCUGAGAAAUGCUCCUCGCUGCUGGGCGGUCAUUCAGCCUUUACUGUGUGCUGUUUACAUGCCCAAGUGUGAGAACGGCAAAGUGGAGCUGCCCAGCCAGACCCUGUGCCAGGCGACCCGCCGACCCUGCAGCAUAGUGGAACAGGAGCGAGGGUGGCCCAACUUCCUGAAGUGUGAGAACACGGACAAGUUUCCUCUCGGUUGUCAGAACGAGGUGCAGAAAAUCAAAUUCAAUAUAUCAGGACAAUGUGAAGCUCCUCUGGUGAAAACCGACAUCCAGGCCAGCUGGUACAAGGACGUGGAGGGCUGCGGCAUUCAGUGUGACAAUCCCCUCUUCACGGAGGAGGAACACUCCGACAUGCACGACUACAUCGCCAUCUUCGGUUCAAUCACCCUGCUUUGCACUUUCUUUACAUUAGCGACGUUUCUUGCCGAUUGGAAAAAUUCCAAUCGCUACCCGGCUGUAAUCCUCUUCUAUAUCAAUACCUGCUUCUUCGUGGGUAGCAUCGGGUGGCUCGCUCAGUUCAUGGACGGUGCGCGCAAAGAGAUCGUGUGCAAAAGCGACAACACCAUGCGGCUUGGAGAGCCCUCAUCGACAGAGACGCUUUCGUGUGUUAUCAUUUUCAUCAUCGUCUACUACUCUUUGAUGUCAGGGGUCAUCUGGUUUGUUAUGCUCACCUACGCCUGGCACACAUCUUUCAAAGCCCUGGGCACUACGCACCAACCUCUGUCUGGAAAGACGUCAUACUUCCACCUGGUCACAUGGUCCAUCCCGUUUAUCCUCACAGUGGCUAUACUGGCCAUUGCACAGGUCGAUGGAGACUCUGUUAGUGGAAUCUGCUUUGUUGGCUACAAAAACUACAGAUACCGCGCUGGGUUUGUUCUUGCUCCAAUCGGCGUGGUACUCACUGUUGGUGGCUAUUUCCUUGUAAGAGGUGUCAUGACACUAUUUUCUAUCAAAAGUAACCAUCCAGGACUGCUGAGUGAAAAAGCAGCAAGCAAAAUCAACGAGACCAUGCUGAGACUUGGCAUAUUUGGUUUUCUAGCUUUUGGUUUUGUUUUCAUCACUUUUGGAUGCCAUUUCUACGACUUCUUCAACCAGGCGGAAUGGGAAAGGAGCUUUAGGGAAUUUGUUCUGUGUGAAGCUAAUGUCACCAUAGCUCAUCAGACCAAGAAACCGAUCCCAGAGUGCACCAUUAAAAACCGGCCCAGUCUGCUGGUGGAGAAGAUCAAUCUGUUCUCUAUGUUUGGUACCGGCAUUGCCAUGAGCACAUGGGUAUGGACCAAAGCCACUAUUCUCAUUUGGAAGCGCACCUGGUGUAGGAUAAUUGGACGCAGUGACGAUGAGCCGAAGCGCAUCAAGAAGAGCAAGAUGAUAGCCAAAGCGUUCUCGAAGCGAAAGGAACUACAAAUGGACCCGGAAAAAGAAUUGUCCUUCAGCAUGCACACGGUGUCCCAUGAGGGACCAGUGGCGGGUAUUAACUUCGAACUGAAUGAGCCGUCCAUGGAGAUGUCCUCUGCAUGGGCCCAGCACGUGACAAAGAUGGUGGCACGAAGAGGUGCCAUUUUACCUCAGGACAUCUCAGUUACACCCACUGGGACACCUGUGCCUCCUCCAGAAGAGCGAAACAAACUGUGGAUGGUCGAAGCCGAUAUCUCCCCUGAGAUGAUGAAACGUAAGAAGAAAAAGAAGAAGAGGAAGAAGGAGGUGCGUUCAGUAGCGCCUGUUGAAGAGGGUGUGAAUCCCCGUCACAGAGAGUUCGGUGCCAGCGCUGUCCCUCGCCUCCCCAAGCUCCCGGCGCAUCGCAGCCUCGUGGCUAACCUGUGGGAGCGGCAACGGCAGCAAGAGGAGAACGUCCUUCCAGGUUCCUUCCCAGAAUUCCGACCUUCCUGUCCCAUUCCAUACCAGGAGAGAUACGGAGGGCUUGGCUACGUUUCAUCCAGCCAACCUAGCAGGGAGCUGGGCUGUAACCUCUCCAACCCAUUGACGCUAAGCCAGUACGAGGGACGAGGUCAGUUGAAACAACCGGCCUGGCAAUCUAAUGGACAUAAUGGAGUGUUCCGCUAUUCAGGUCAGGAGAUGCCUUCGUCAGUGGGUGGUGGCAGGACAGGCUUUACAGCACCUCGAUCAGAGGGCAGGAAACCAGUCACAGCACCAAUCCACUCCAGAACCAAUCUAAUGGAGGCAGAACUGAUGGAUGCUGACUCUGAUUUUUGA